AUGGAAUCCGCAGAAAUGACAUACGUAGAGCCUUGGCAUCGCUCAUCGUUAGCUUCGGACAGCAUGCACGGCAAAGAUAAAGUAUUGAUAACAGCAAUGAGAGGGAUCAAAGAUUGGACGUGGACGGUAGAGAUGCGCCGCCGCUACCGGGAGGGUAGCAUCCGGCGUGUCACAGAUGCGGGCGCUGUCGGUACAGCUCGAGGCCUGCCAGGGGCUAGUGGUAAUCCGCUGAGCUCGUCUACGUGCCAAAUACUGAAACACAAUGUCUGGGCAGUGGAGGCCUAUAUACAUGUGUCGCUACAGUCCGACGUGUACCUUCGUUCGCUUUCCGAUUCUCUUGCUAUGUGUGGGAAGAGCUCUGUCGGACGUAUUCUUCCAGGUGUUCAUUUGGCCAUCUUGGGCAUGAUAGUGUUGCGUGGCACCGAAGACGUGUUGUUGCAGCCAGCGGCUGCUUGCAGACAGGGACAUGGACCUCGCGAGCUUGUCGCGCUUCCGGCCUUUGAUCGAUUUGCCGUAUACUGCCCACCGAUCUCCCCAGCAAGGCGAGUGCUUAUUGAACUACUGCCUUGGUCAAGUGCACGUAGCUUCCCGCCGCACGCGGCAUUCAGUCGUGCGGGAAUUGUCUGCUUUGGACCCUUGGAACGAGCCAUGGUGGCGACUACUGGGACGGUGAAAUGGAGUAGUUGGGCGAAGCCCAUGCAUCUUAUAGCCGCAGCAGUGCUGGAGUGGCGAACGAGGGCAGAGAAAUGCAACGCCGAGCUCGAUGCCGAUUGGAGCCUCCGCUUUCCCUAUGAGGAUAGCCAGAUAGAAUCGCGGGAGCCACAGCCAGAAGGUGUAUCCGGCGCUGUAUCUGGUACACUGGUACACGGCUCAGACGCGUCAUCCUUGGGGACAUAUGGGAUUGCGUCCUCCACCGUUGAUGAAUUCGAAGUCGGAGUCCAUCCGAGAGAAGUGCGGCUACCUCGAGGUGGUUCGUGGCAGUUCAGAAAGCGUUCCGACCGCGACAUCGCCCCAGAAGACGACUCUUUCCGUUUCAAGCAUGCCGCUCAGCACAGCAUAGGACAUGAGGCGAUCGUGGGCGGUCGAAACAUCCUCGCCUUCUGGCGGCCCGCGGGUUCCCAACAUUCGUCACUACCUAUCAUUGCAGCGGGAUCACAAGGAUGGGAUAGCUCGGGAGGAAACCAUACAGCCAACACAGCUGAGAUCCUAAUUGAACGACCGGGAGCGGGUUGUCGCUAUCCAGCCCAUCUGCCGCGCCGAACCAACGCGACAGACGAGUUCUCACUCUCCGUUGCAUGCUCGACAUCGAGUAUGGGUGAGACCGGCGCAGUUCAACACCGAUACGCUACUCGCUGUGCACCAGAAGACACCACAGCAGAGUCCUGA